AAUCGGUGUCGCCUUCCCCUUCUGUCAGCGGAGAUGGCCGGACGGAAGCAUCGGAAGCGGAAAGACGGCUCAAAACGCCGUGAAGUCUCCUUGACCCGCGACGGAGGAUCCUCUAUUCAUCGCUCAAAUCCCUCAGUCGACGACGAACCUCUUCUUCUCCGCCGUCGUCCCCAUUCUCCUCCAUCUUCCCCCUCGGCUCUCCGAGACCGCAUCGCCGCCAAGAACCGUGAGAUUCAAUCCCUCCUCCUCGAUAACCAACGGCUGGCAGCCACGCAUGUGGCGCUCAAGCAAGAACUGGCUGCCACUCAGCAAGAUAUUCGGCACUUGUCCUCUGCAGCGGCCGAAGUAAAGGUUCAGAGAGACAUUGAGGUUCGCGAGAUUUACGAGAAGUCGCUACAGAUGGACGCCGAAGUUCGGGCCAUUGAAGCCAUGAGCUCCGACUUGGCUCAGGUGCGGGCGGAUGUACAGGAACUAAUUGAGGCCAGGAAGGACCUCGCGUCGCACUUGCAGGCGAUUGAGAGCGACCUUGCGAGGGUUCGUGAGGAGUCGCAGCAAGUGCCUGCAAUCAAGGCGGAUAUUGGGGCUAUGCGUCAUGAGAUUCAACGAGGAAGGAAUGCAAUUGAAUAUGAAAAGAAGACAUAUGCUAGUAACCUUGAGCAUAGACAGACAAUGGACAAAAAUAUAAUAAUUAUGACCCGAGAAGUUGAAAAUCUACGGGCUGAGCUUAAUGCAGAGAAGAGGGCUAGGGCUUCAGCUGCUCUCCCUGCAGUGACAGUGAUGAAUCCAAGCCCUGGGUAUCCUCCAAACUAUGACAGUCCUGAAAUGGGAUAUGGAGGAUUUGCAUACUCUGAAUCCUAUGGCAUGCAUAAGAUUCAAGGUGGGGCAAAUAAUGCUCAUUCUCAAUAUGCAUCUGGAGCAGCUUUACAUCAUCAUCCUUCUGACGUGCAACAUAUUCAUCGAUAGUCAUUCCGUAAAUGCAUACGUUUGGAAAUAACAGACGGAGAAAAUCUGUAAGCAGUCGAUAUUAUUUAAUUUUGAAGAAAUUAUUCAUCAAUGGUGGGUUAUAAUUAUGGUCAGAUCUGAUAGGGAAAAAGUUAUAAGCUAAGCGUCAAGUUUUUUAAUUAGCAAGCUCCAACCAAAUAAUACUUUUGUGAAGUCGUAAAUGGAAAUAUGUGCGCGUUUUUUUAAUUAAAUUAUAUUACUUUUUGUUUUUAA